UGCAAAACUAGGGAGAUGCACUUCCGAUAUGUAUUAUUGAUAAAUUUGACGAAGCUCGAGCGAGAUUUAUUGAUUCAUACCUGUGGAGGAGAAUGCAAACGAAGCAUUCAUCUUAGACUUCCUUGAUCUUCUCGUGUCUGAAUCUUUCUGGUUACGAUGGAGGGAGGAGGAGGGGGACCGCCAAGGCAUCAGGGCCACCAGGGACACCAGGGCCACCAGGGCCACCAGGGACACCAGGGCCAGGGACAGUUCUUUCAUCAGCCUCGACUGCCAUACUACCAGAUCAAGCCCAACUAUUACAGCAAUCAUCGUAGACCGCACCAUCACAGACAUCAAGAACAUGGGCCAACGAAUGCCACGACCUUUGACCAGAAGAGGAUGAAGAAUAACCUGCAGAGGCGAACGGUUGAUUACAAUACGUCAGUCAUCAAAUAUCUUCAGACAAGAAUUUGGCAGCGGGACUACAAGGAUGCAAGAAUGAUACAGCCAGACCACUCAUAUAUAGGAAAUCUGAGUUUGCCUCAUCAGAUGUUGGACAACCCUAUCAAUGCAGUAACAACUCGAUUCGUGCGGACUUCAACCAACAAGGUCCGAUGCCCUAUAUUUUGCGUUGUGUGGACACCAGAAGGAAGGAGGCUGGUUACUGGGGCGUCGAGUGGGGAGUUUACUUUGUGGAACGGACUUACGUUUAAUUUUGAAACAAUUCUUCAGGCCCACGAGUGUGCCGUCCGGACGAUGACGUGGAGUCGCAACGACAUGUGGCUACUGACCGGAGAUGACCAAGGCUUCAUCAAGUAUUGGCAGUCCAACAUGAACAACGUGCAGAUGUAUCAGGCCCACAAAGACCAAGCCGUCCGAUGCGCAAGCUUUGCGCCGUUAGAUACCAAGUUCUGCACCUGCUCGGACGACGGGACCGUGCGAAUCUGGGACUUCCUGCGAUGUCACGAGGAGAAGAUCCUUAGAGGUCAUGGUGCUGACGUGCGGUGCGUCGACUGGCAUCCGAGCAAGAGCAUCGUCGUGUCCGGCAGCAAGGACUCCCAGCAGCCGGUCAAGCUGUGGGACUCCCGGACGGGGGAGUCCCUCUGCACCCUCCACGCCCACAAGUCCACCGUCAUGUCGGUCAAGUGGAACAUGAACGGUAACUGGCUUCUGACCGCGUCCAGGGACCACCUGGUCAAGCUCUUUGACAUUCGCAUGAUGAAGGAGCUGUUCACAUUCAGGGGGCACAAGAAAGAGGCAACAUCCAUAGCAUGGCAUCCUAUACAUGAGGACAUGUUUGUAUCAGGAGGCUCCGAUGGAGGCAUUCUCUUCUGGCAAGUUGGGCAUGACAAGGAGAUUGGAGGUAUCGAAGAGGCACAUGAAUCUAUCAUAUGGAGUCUGGCAUGGCAUCCAUUGGGCCAUAUGUUAUGUUCAGGAUCCAACGAUCACUCAACGAAAUUCUGGACAAGAAACAGACCCGGGGAUAAGAUGAGGGACAGAUACAAUCUGAAUACUCUGCCCAUUGGAACCUCAGAGGACCUCCUGGAGUUUGAUGAUGACACAACAUCUCUUCCUGUCAUCCCUGGUAUGGGAUUGGAGUAUGGCGUCGCAGACCAUCUCAAGAAAGACGAACCAGUUGCAAUGCCGGUGGCAGAGGAGAACCUCGACACCUCCAUCCCCGGUCUCGACUCCUCCCUCGAAGAGCUGGAGAGACUGAAACCCAAACCCCAACGGAAGGUCCCCUACGCUAGACCGGUCCCCCAGAACUUCCUGGACGAAUGGGAGGCCAACAAGGCCCCGGGCGUGGCACCUAACAUCGAGGAGGAGAAGAGGAAGAAGAAAGAGGAAGAGGAUAAGAAGAAGCAGGAGGAGGAUGCUAAGAAGAGGGCCGAGGGGGAGAAGAAGAGAAAAGAGACGGAACUAAAGAGGAAGAUGGACAAGCCAGAAUCAUUUGGCCUUGUCAAUAUUCCAGACUUUGGAGGUAAUCCUAUUGAGGUCAUCAAGUUCAUUGCCAAGUCACAGGGACCUAAAGCUGCUCAACAAGCUUUGGUGAACGUCAUCCAGACGAACCUUCCUUCAGGUACCGUGCUACCCAUCAUCAAGCCUCAUGUCAAUCCGAUCAUGGUCCUCCUCACAGAAGGCCACAUCCCUCCACACUUUGCCAAGAGACUGCGGGCAGGGGGACUCCUGCCACUCGAAGCAGUAAGAUGGAUGGACAAGAAGGAGGGUAACGGAGAGAGACCACUACCCCCACACCUCGCCAAGCUACCCAUCGCUGUCCCGCCAACCAAAAAGGAGAAGGGGGACGCCAUUCCGGACAAACCAGGCGAAGCGGACAAGGAAAACGAGGCGUCCAAGGAGCAGAUUGUAGAUGGUGAUUCCGCACCCAACAACGGGACGGAUAGUAAGGGUCUGCUGGGAGAUAAGCCUCCGAGUGGAGGACCAAACGCGCCAGGUGCCGGUUUGUUGCCUGAUCCCGGUCAAGGUGGAGGGUUGUUGCCAGAACCAAAGACUCCAGGAGCUGCAAAGUCACAACCUCCUCCACUUAUGCAGACACUACCAAAGGAAGCAUUGCUGCCUGAACCUGAUGCAAAUGAAGGAACAGGAGAUGUUGAUAUGAGGCAAGGACCCCUGUUUGGGGAUGUUGAUAUGAGACAAGGACCAGUAGUUGGGUUGUCAGGCCCACUCUUAGAGCCAAGGAGUGGUCCCAUGAGUGGACCACCAAUAAGACCAGGGCCACCCACACAGGAACUACAGCGGAGAAAUGGGCCUGUUGUGAGACAAUCUGAUGGCUUUGGACAGGAUCGUGACGAGCGUGUCUCAGGUGCGGGACGUGGAGAUGUCGAUUUGCGUCAGGAGCCACAGCACUUGGAGAAUAUGGGGGACAGGGAACUCCGGCAAGGUCCCCCUCAACGCUUUAAUGGCCCAAGCAAUCAUUCCUUUGAGCGACAAAUGCCCAUGCAGGAUGUGGACAAUCGCAGGUUUCCCCUAAUGGGAGCCGAUGAUGAAGGCAUCCCCGGGCUUGGUUCAGAAGACCAAGACCUACGUGGUGGCCCACCUGUUCCUUUGAUGUCCAUUGAGAGCCCCAUAGCAAGAACUCGAGAACCUCUAGAUAGAGAUUUCCGACAAGGGAACCAUGGGGAGUUCCCGAAUCCCGGCAGAGAUUUCGACGAGAGACCACUCCCGAUUAUGGAUCACGAAGAGUUCCCACCAUUGCCUCACCGGAAGCGACCGUGGGAGGAAGAACAAGGACCAGGACCAGGGCAUGAGGAUCCAGAACGUUGGGAAGAAGGUCCCGGGAUGAUGGAUGAAGGUCCUGGAUUUGGAGGGCAUGACAUGGGUGGUGGAAUGGGUAGGGGCAUGAGAGGUCGUGGUGGGUUUAGACCAGACAUGGGAAGGGGAGGGUUUAGGGGCAGAGGUAGAGGUUGGGGUAGAGGAAGGGGAAGGGGGAGGGGAAUGUGGUAGGAUGGUACUCUACUGUGGAAUUCCAAACCCUCCUACUAUUUUUUUUCUCCAUGGUGCGAGUUUCCCAAUUGGACUUUGCAACUGGUUUACCUUAUUUUCUAUUAUCUUAGUUCCCUUUUGUAAGAAGUAUGAUGUAAUUUGAAAAAUACCUCAGUAUUUUACCUAAAAUCUCUUUCCCUUUUCCUUGUCAAAUACACCAAAUUUCAAGUUUCAUCCUCUGAAAAGAAAAUAAUGACAAUCUGUUAUAUUAAUCACAUCGGGUUACUGGCUGAGAACUGUAGUAACAGACUAUAUUAACCAAGAAAUACACUGAGAUCUCAUUCAUAGUGUGGAUAUUAAACCCCUCAAAAAAGUUUGGUACUCAAUUUUGAUCCAUUAUAUCUCUCCUGUCAUGUGAUGGCCAUUUCUUUGUUUAGUAUCAUUUAAGAAUGUUUAUUCCGCUUGAAAAUUGUAAGAUAUUUGUUAUGAUUUUGUAGCCAUUGAAUGAGCAGUACAUCAGAAUAAAGAGCAGGGCCAAAAGCAAAAAUGUGAAUAAUGCACUUGUGAGCACUGGUAUUGCGAUGCAUGCACUACUACACAGCAGCCCUUUACUUUCCAAAGAAAGAAGAAUGCACAACCGGACAAGAUCGUUUUAUUUUGCAACUUAUUGCUUUUGACCUUGCCUCCUAUUUUAAUAUAAUUUCAUGGCUAAAAGAAUCACAACAAUAAACUCUCUCAUGCUUGAAAAUGGCAAUGUAACCCCCUUCCCCCCCCCCCCCCUCCAAAAAAAAAAAAAAAAAAAAUUAAAUAAAUAAAUAAAUUUGGAUAAUGUAAAAAAUACAUCUUAGUGACCCCUUGGGUUUGGGUCAUAGUUGGAAAAAAAGUGACAAAAUUAAUGACAGCUCACAUAUCUUCGGUUCAGUGAUAAACAAUGUAAGUUCUAAUAAUUACCAAAAAAAUGAGCGACUGGCAUUGUCAAUUGCUGCCAGUAAGGUAAAAUCUACCUGAUCGCUUGUUUUUUUUUUUGUGGAAUGGUCUUGGCAAAGGGAAGUGUAUAGCUAUUAUCUAGCCCAUCUUGCAGAUAUCUACACUCAAAUUUGCUGGAAAUCAUUGAUAAAAUACCAAACGUUCUCGUACAUAUGUCUCUUGACACGGGGAAACUCAACUUCAUUAAAAUGAACUUUCUUCUGCUACAAAACUGCACCAAAACUGGAAACCCCUUUUAUCUAGUUGAAAAAAAUGCCUUAUGUAAUACAUGUGUGCACAUGUAUUUCCUUCAGUAUUCAAGGUUUCAUCAAUUUUAGCGUGUAGAAUAAGUCUCCUUACAUUUGUAGGAGGAAUGAUCAAAAUGAAAUAUUUCCAGGUCAUGUUUUUUUUUGUUAAUGAGAGAAAAAUUAGAUUUAAAAGAGGUAUAGAAAGGAAGGGAAAAAAGUUGAGUGAGAGAAAUUUUUGAUUUGUUUGACAAUGGAAUAUUGAUGUAAAUACUGUAAAAAUCUGUUCAUGUACAGGUACCUUUGUUGUAAUCAUGUUCAAUAUUUUCAGAUGAAUUUGUACAGAGCCUUUUACAUCAUUUAUGUUUAUUCUGCGACUAGCUAUUACUUCUCUGCUACUCAUUUCGGCGACUAUGACAUGAAAUUUGACAUGAAAUGUGAUCACAGAAUAAAGAAAAACAUUAGAUAUGUAAA